UCCGCAGGGUCAGUGAGACUUUUUUUCAUAACAUGUAUUACGCGAUCUGACCCAAAACGCUGCAAUUUACAUAUAUUUGUAUUUGUGCCUUUGCAUAAGCUCAUUUUUUAUAAAUGGUUUAUUCCUCCUGGACCAUUAUUUUAUCUAAUACGUGUAAUUUAACAUUUAAUUGGACCUAUUUCCGCGCCUAACGUUGACAGGCAGUGCUUAGGUCUCUCCUAAACAUGGCCACCAUGAUGGAGUAAAUGCUUCAACUUUAAAUUUCACAUUUUCAGAAGAAAACUUAAUUUUCUGUAUUCUAACAGGAAUGUUCCAACGGAAGAAAUGAUGUCAAACAUAAUCCAUAUGAAAUAUUUGAAGAAAGUUUCUUGUUGGAUUUAAUACUGGUUUAAGUUGGCUGGAAGCUGGAAAGGAAAAAAAAAGAAUUGCAUCAAUUCCGUAAGCGUUUUCUUUUCUCUCGAUAGUUUUAAAGCUUUAACAAACCUUUUGUGGGAAUUUACAAGUUGUGGAUGUAUCAGUAUUGCAAUCAUUUUACUGUGAAGAAUUCAAGAAGCGAUUGGGAUGUAUAAUAUCAUUUUGAUGCGUUUUCCAGUGGAAAGUGAAUCUUGGUGGUCGAAAGGAGAGUAGAAACGUUAAUGUUAACUGGUUGUCGUACUUUUAUAAGCCAAGAACCGAAGAAUACAUAAAGGAAUAUAUCAGUUCAUGUAUGGUUUUGAGGCGCCGAAAUUGCACCGGUCGUUUCCCCAUAUUUUUGAAUUGGUGGAAGAUCGAGUCAACGAUCCCCCCCUUCCCCACCCCACUUAUAAUAAAGGAAAGUAUUACAUUUCUCAUAUGGCUUUAAAAGUCAUGAAGGAAAUCCAUCUACACUUCUAGGGUUUAAAAGAAUGUCAUCAGAGUACAAGAGUCUGGAUCCCUCUGACCACGGACCGUCUCCUCCCCUGAGCAGCACUGGGGGGGGCUCCCCCUCAGACAGCCCCUCCCCUGCCUCCACAGACAGGCGCCCCCGUGGCCGGCCUCGUAAGGAUGCAGGCGCGCCCACGCGAGUACCCACACCUCAAAAGAAGGGUCGUAGCAGAGGCCAGUCCCAGGCUGAGGAUGAGGACAGCAUGGACGGGACAGAGACCACUGAAGCCCAGAACAUGCAGGGGAUGGAAGUUAAGGAGCUGGUCCUGGAUGUUGAGGAGGUCAUCGUGCCCCUGUUGUCCAGCCCUGUUCCCAGCCCCAGGGACGGCAGACCCCUUUCGCCACUAUUCCAGCGCUCUGUGUCGGAGGACUCAGCAGGAUCCUCUGCCUCGGCCCUGGAGCACGCCAAAAUCCGUGAAAAGCUGUGUGCCUUCUGCUACAGUGGGGAGAAGAGUUUCCUGGGCCAGGGCGACCUGAUGGUGUUCGGCCCCACGCCCGGCUACGUGCCUCUGCACAUCCGCAACCGCCGCGGAAGCUCGGAGAAAGAUGACGACUACCACGAGGACGACUUCCAAGACGACGACCACGACACCAAGAGCCCGGGGCAGCGCGACAGCGGGAGGGGACUUAAAAAGAUCAGCUCUCCGGACAGUGGUCUACACUCCUCCUCGGCACCCGGCAGCACGGACCCCUUCAGCGAGGAGCCGGCCCCCAAGUUCUGGGACGAGCUUGGUCAGAUCGGCCUUCCCGACGACAUCAACGUCCAGUCCCUGUUUGACCCCACAGGCCAGUGCUGUGCCCACCUGCACUGUGCCGCCUGGUCCGAGGGGGUAUGUCGCGGCGAGGCCCAGGACUCGCUGCUCUAUGUGGACAAAGCCAUAGACUCUGGGAGCACAGAGUGCUGUGCAUACUGUAAGCGCCUUGGGGCAUCCAUCAAGUGCUGUGAGGAGGGCUGCUGCCGCUCGUACCAUUUCCCCUGCGCUGCCGCCGCCGGAACAUUCCAGGACCUGCGCCGACACACCCUCCUCUGCCCCGACCACCUCCAGCUGGCCUCACAAACAUCUAAAGAGGAGGUGAAGUGCUUGUUGUGUGACAGUGCUGGGGACCUGCAGGACCAGCUCUUCUGUACCACGUGUGGGCAGCACUACCACGGGGCGUGUUUGGACGUGGGUGUUACCCCCCUGAAGAGGGCCGGCUGGCAGUGCCCCGAGUGCAAAGUCUGUUUGACCUGCAGGAACCCGGGAGAGGACAGCAAGAUGCUGGUGUGUGACAUGUGUGACAAAGGCUAUCACACCUUCUGUCUCCAGCCUGCCAUGGAAUCCAUCCCCACCAAUGGCUGGCGAUGCAAGAACUGUCGAGUGUGUUCCCAGUGCGGGGUCAGGCAGGCAGGCCACUGGGGCCACAACAUCACACUGUGUGAGAGUUGCCACACGCGACCGGAGGAGCCCGCCCCCGCCCUGUCGUGUCCGCUGUGUGGGAGGGGCCAGGGCCCCAGCGACGUCCCCAAGGAUGACCACCUCAACUGCCAUACCUGCAAAAGGUGGCUUCAUGGGGAGUGUGAGAAGCAGGCAGGGGGCGACCUGGACCUUCACCCCCAGGCCGACUACGUCUGUACACAGAGGGACAUGGUGGAAACCCCGGCCAGCCCCAUCCAGGAACCCACAGAACCAGAACCAGAACCAACUAUGGAUGUCUUUAUGGCUGUGGUGGAGGUGGUGGUGCCGUUGGAGCGAGAGGCGUGCCCUGGCCCUCGGCUGGAGCGAGAGGCGUGCCCUGGCCCUCGGCUGGAGCGAGAGGCGUGCCCUGGCCCUCGGCUGGAGCGAGAGGCGUGCCCUGGCCCUCGGCUGGAGCGAGAGGCGUGCCCUGGCCCUCGGCUGGAGCGAGAGGCGUGCCCUGGCCCGGAGCAAGAGGCGUGCCCUCUUAAGGAGGGAGAGGCGUGCCCUAGCCCCCAGCAGGAGGAAGGGACGUGUCCUCGGCGGGAGGAUGGGGCAUGCCCUAUUAAGGAGGGAGCGGCGUGCCCUAGCCCUCGGCGGGAGGAAGGGGCGUGCCCUAGCCCUCGGCGGGAGGAAGGGGCGUGCCCUAGCCCUCGGCGGGAGGAAGGGGCGUGCCCUAGCCCCCGGCGGGAGGAAGUGGCGUGCCCUAGCCCCCGGCGGGAGGAAGGGGCGUGCCCUAGCCCCCGGCGGGAGGAAGGGGCGUGCCCUAGCCCCCGGCGGGAGGAAGGGGCGUGCCCUAGCCCCCGGCGGGAGGAAGGGGCGUGCCCUAGCCCCCGGCGGGAGGAAGGGGCGUGCCCUAGCCCCCGGCGGGAGGAAGGGGCGUGCCCUAGCCCCCGGCGGGAGGAAGGGGCGUGCCCUAGCCCCCAGCAGGAGGAAGGGAUGUGUCCUCGGCGGGAGGAUGGGGCAUGCCCUAUUAAGGAGGGUGCGGCGUGCCCUAGCCCUCGGCGGGAGGAAGGGGCGUGCCCUAGCCCUCGGCGGGAGGAAGGGGCGUGCCCUAGCCCUCGGCGGGAGGAAGGGGCGUGCCCUCGGCGGGAGGAAGGGGCGUGCCCUCGGCGGGAGGAAGGGGCGUGCCCUCGGCGGGAGGAAGGGGCGUGCCCUAGCCCUCUAAAGGAGCAGGAGCCCAAAGAGUCUCCCUCAGGUGCUGAACCGGCGCAGGAGAUCCAGGUGACCGUUACCCUGACGGAGGGCCCGGAGUCUCCCCAGAGGUCUGGAACUCUAGUGGGCAUGUCACCGCUCGCCUCCCAGAGUCCCGCCGCACCCAGGGCUGUCGACGACCAACAGGAACUGGAAAUAUCGGACUCGCCAGAAGCAGCAAAAAGGGCGGCGCCUGAGGAGGCGUUGCCCCACAAUGCAGGGCAGACCAAAUCGGAGGACUCCAAAACCACUUUUACUCCGCCCACCAAAGAAAUAUCCCAUGAGCCUUUGGAGGAGAUUACCGAGGAGCCCCCUGUAGAGGAGGAGAAGCCUAUGGAAGUAGUACCUGUGGAAAUGACACCUUCGGAUUUGGAACAGGCUGUUGAAGAGAAAUUUCUGGAACCUAUGCAGGAGGAGCAGGGUGCAGUUGCGGAAAAGGAGGUUGUGCAGAAGUUACAGAAGGAGUUAGAGGGGGAGGAUUUGCCUCCAAUUGUUUUAGAUGAGGGGGAGGUGUUGCCUUCAAAUGUAUUGCCAGUUGAAGAGGAUACAAUCAGAGAAAAGGAGCCUAGUCCCAUGGCUGAACUUCCUCAACGGAAGAGCACGGUAGAAAUGGAUACUACCCCUGCCAGCGACUGCAGCUUCUCGGACUUCGGCUCGCCGAGGGGAGAGAGCAAAGCCCCCAAGGCCUCCCCUGGAAUGUCUCCCGAGCUCUCGUUUAGGCUGGCCCCGUCCCCCUUCUCUACAGAGGCCUCCCCUAGGAAAGCCAGCCCACCCCAGGUUCAGGUCCAAAUCCAGGCCCAGGCUUCGCCUCAGGUCCAGCCUUAUCCUGGAUACAGUGCUAGUGUGCUUCCCACCAACACAACCUUUAUUCCCCUCACCCCCAAGAUUGGAAUGGGGAAGCCUGCCAUCUCCAAGAGGAAGUUCUCCCCAGGGAGGCCAAGGGUGAAGCAGGGAGCAUGGAGUAACCGUAGGGCUGCGAGUCCCCCCUCUUGGUCCCAGCAGGACCCCUCGGAGGGGGGGUGGGAUGGCCCACAAACCAGGCAGCUGCAAGAGGCACCCGUCUGGAGCAUGAGAGUGGGUCGUGGUUCAACCUUCCCUGGAAGGCGGAGACCCCGGGGGGCCAACCUGUCUGGGCGCGGGGGCCGUGGACGCUCCCGAGGACUCAAGGCCUACACCAGCUUUGCCGUAACCCCUGGGGCCAGUUUUGUGGAGCAGCCAUACCUGGUGGUGGAGGAGAACACAAUGCAUAACACUGUGGUCAUGUUCUCAACCUCGGACCACUUCACACUCAGACAGGACAUGUGUGUGGUGUGUGGGAGUUUUGGCCAGGGGGCAGAGGGCAGGUUGCUGGCCUGCUCUCAGUGUGGCCAGUGUUACCAUCCCUUCUGUGUCAACAUCAAGAUCACCCGGGUGGUGCUGAGUAAAGGCUGGCGCUGUCUGGAGUGCACAGUGUGCGAGGCGUGCGGCCAGGCCAGCGACCCGGGCCGCCUGCUGCUGUGUGACGACUGUGACAUCAGCUACCACACUUACUGCUUGGACCCGCCCCUACAGACAGUGCCCAAGGGCAGCUGGAAGUGCAAGUGGUGUGUCUCCUGUACCCAGUGCGGUGCCACCUCCCCUGGCCUGAGGUGUGACUGGCAGAACCACUACACCCUGUGUGGCCCCUGUGGCAGCCUGGCAUCCUGCCCGGUGUGCAUGCGCAGCUACCGUGAGGACGAGCUCAUCGUGCAGUGCCGCCAGUGUGACAGGUGGGUCCACGCGUGUUGCCAGGGCCUGAACACGGAUGAGGAGGUGGAGAAUGCAGCGGAUGAUGGCUUUGACUGCACCAUGUGUCGAAUGCACGCUCUGCCUUCACAGGGCAAAAUGAAAGCCCUCCUGUCUGAUGGCUGCGAGGCCCCGAUGGUGACCCAGAUGGUGACUAAAACAAGAGAACCAGCCAAUCAGAAGACAUACACCCAGGAUGGGGUGUGUCUGACAGAGUCGGGCAUGUGCCAGCUGCAGAGCCUGGUGGUGCCCUCUUCGUCGACCCGCCGAGGACAGAACAGGCGGCCCAAGCCCAAGCUCAAACUGAAGAUCAUAAAUCAGAACAGUGUAGCUGUGCUCCAGUCUCCACUGGACCCCCACUACUUAGAGUUGUCCCGGGACGGGUACAUGGACAACAACCGAGAAGGGGACCUCAUGAUGUACUGUGACGUUAAGUCUGAGUCCAGCCCGGAACGGGAGCCCGUUGACGACGACGCCAAGGGUGCCGAAGACACCGACGGCAACAAGAAGAGGAAGAGGAAACCGUAUCGGCCCGGUAUUGGAGGGUUUAUGGUCCGCCAGAGAAGCAGGACGGGACAAGGCAUAGCCAAACGAUCCCUAUCCAGGAAAGCCUCGACGUGGUCGUUACCUGAGAACCCAAUGUGCAAAGAGGAGGGGUGGAAUGAGACAGAGAGUACUCCAGUGGAGGAGACCCCACCGGUGCCUGAAUGUCAGGAGAAAGUCAAGAAAAGAUACCGCAAAAAGAAAACUAAACUGGAAGAGGAGUUUCCUUCAUACCUGCAGGAGGCCUUCUUCGGGAAGGGGCUGCUGGACAAGAGCAAGCAGAGCAGGCAGGCAGGCCUGGUGACCACGGGGCUCUGUGAGCAGCUGCUGGACAAGUGCAAGCAGAGCAGUCAGACAGGCCUGGUGACCAUGGGGCUCUGUGAGGAGAGCCCAGGGGCCCAUGCAGAAACCAAACCCCCCAGCGCCAGCUUCCUGGACCCCUUGUCGGACCCGCUGCUCAGUGCUACCUCCACCACCACACCCAUCUCCAGCAAAGCAGGACUGCCCAAUACCGAGGAUCCCUUAGUGGACCUUUCGGAAGUCCUAAGCACGGAUGCAGAUCUCCUGGGAAUGCUGUCGGAUGAUCUGGUGAAGUCGGGGCACAACUCAGGUCUUGAUUUAUGCCCUUUCCAAGUCGACUGCUCUUCCUCUCCGUUUGCUGGUCUGGACAUGGACCCCAUCCCUGAUGAUCCCACUGGGCCCUGUCAGGGCUCAGCAUGCCGGGGGCCCAGGGCUCUACCGGAGGAGCCUCUGGACGUCAUCCUGAGCCCAGAACUGGACAAGAUGGUCGCAGAUGGUGCAAUUCUCAGUAAGCUCUACAAAAUCCCAGAGCUGGAGGGGAAAGACGUGGAGGACCUCUUCACAGCGGUCCUGAGUCCCAGCACCAGCCAGCCUCCACAGCUGCCUCACCCCCAACCGGCCCACCCUGGGCCCAAUGGACCAAGAGCCAUGGCCAUUCCAAACCCAGGCAACCAUGGGAUGUUUCCCCGCAUGCCAAUGAUGAACGGCAUGAUGAGGCCCAACCCCCACUUUCCUCCAACUCCCAUGAUGCCCGGCAGCACAGGCCCAUGUGGCCUGGGAAACUUUUCGCCCAUUCACAGAAUGCCUUUCCCAGACAAGAUUAGGGACAAGAAGUUUAGCCAGAUGGGGGGUGAUGUGGUUGGUUCGUGGAGCGCCCCCAGCUCUGACCCCGGCCCAGUCCCUGGCCCCGUCCCCCCUCCAGAGGGAGAGACAGACACCAUGUCCAAUGCCCAGAGGAGCACGCUCAAGUGGGAGAAGGAGGAAACUCUGGGCGAGAUGGCCACCGUGGCCCCAGUCCUCUACACCAACGUCAACUUCCCCAACCUCCUAGAAGAGUUCCCAGACUGGGCUAUGAGAGUGAAACAAAUCGCAAAGUUGUGGAGGAAAGCCAGUUCCCAGGACAGGGCCCCAUAUGUGCAAAAAGCACGGGAUAACAGGGCGGCCCUGCGCAUAAACAAAGUUCAGAUGUCAAAUGACACGCUGAAGAGACACCAGCAUCCUCAGCAGCAGCAGCCGCUGUUGACUGACACCUUUGACCCCAAUAGUGUCCCCUUGGACACUGAGCUGCUCUUCAAAGACUCUCUCAAGCCCAAGGAGUCUGAACACGAGCAGGAGUGGAAGUUCAGACAGGGAGAGUUAAAUCAGAUGUGGGGACCCCUUAAGAAGCAGCAGGAAAAGGUCCCAAAAAGCAAAGCCAUAAAAUCAACAAAUAAAGACGUCCUUUUUGGACAUUCCAACCAGGCAACUAUAGCUGCAGGAGGUGGAAAAAAUUCUCUGCAAAUGAGACAAAAGAGCAAGCAGCAGGCGAAGAUUGAAGCCACUCAAAAGCUGGAGCAGGUUAAAAAUGAGCAGCUCCAGCAGCAACAACAACAACAACAACAGCAGCUGUUUAGCAGUCAGUCAGGUGGAGAUACAACCCCUAAUAGUGGUAACCAGAGCCCCAUGACUCCUCAGCCCAGCAAUGGAGGAAAGUCUGGAAACUCAUCCCCACUGCAGCCAAUAGCGUCUAAGGAUGGCUUCGCUAGACCACAACUCCCGGGCACACCCACCUCUGGGUCACAGGAUGACGUGUUCCUCAGACCCCAGCUCCCACCUCCGUCCUCGAGGACGCCCACCCAGGAGACCUCGUACCCUCAGCAGGGACCAUCCUCCCAGCCCCAGUCACCACAUAUGUUUUCCCCGGGUUCCUCCUCAGGCUCCCGGCCGUCCUCGCCCUGGGGCCCAUACGCCAAAAUGGUGGGCACCCCGAGACCACCCCAUGGGGGUGGUGGAUCCACCACGCCCCGGCAGAACUCUCUGUCGGAGAUGCAGGAAAGGGGAGGGAGGCCUUCCCCGGCCCACGAGUCAUUUGUCUUGCCCACGUCUGGUAAUGCUGACCCCUAUGCUAAGAUGCCAGACACCCCCAGGCCCCCCGACCCCUUUGUUAAACCCAUGGGACCCGCCAGGGUGGUCCCUUCAGGACUGGUUGAGCAGCAGCAACACCAGCAGGUCAGGCACAACAUGAUGAGCCCUCCUUCUGGAGGAGAGACUUUUGCCAGGAUGGGCGGACACCGAGACGAGGUCUACCAGCGCAUGUCUCACAACCGCAUGAUUCUCUCGGACCCCUACUCCAGGCCCUUGCUCACUCCCAUCCCCGGCAGUAACGAGUCAGGCUCCGUCCCGGUGUUCAAAGCCCCCAUGCCUCCCCAGCAGUCCCAGCAAGAGCCCUACAGUGGCCCUAUGCCUGGGGGACUUAAACGAGGGCCAUCUGAUGGCUUUCCCCAAGGACUACAGGCCGACCCUUACGCCCAGCAGCCUCUCACCCCCCGGCCACCCAUGGGGGAAGGGUUCCCCAACGAGCCCAAGAUGAUGCGGCAAACCCAGGAGGGCCAUUUCUCUCAACCCUUGCCAAUGAUUAGACACCCUCACAGAAACCUGUAUGCACAAGCGCCAUCUACCCCGAGACCGGAUUAUUCACAGCAGAUGUCUGACCCUUACGCCCAACCACCAGGCACCCCCAGACCUCACUCUGAUAGCUAUGCUCAACCACCAGGCACCCCCAGACCUCACUCUGAUAGCUAUGCUCAACCACCAGGCACCCCCAGACCUCACUCUGAUAGCUAUGCUCAACCACCAGGCACCCCCAGACCUCACUCUGAUAGCUAUGCUCAACCUCCCGGCACCCCAAGGCCACACUCGGAUCCCUCAUACCUGCAGACGCCACCUAACCUUCGUCUAGACCAGUUCCCCCAGCAGCACCCACCCAAUCACAGACAGUCUCCAUCUCACUCCAUGGAUCCUUAUGCUUCCAUGCCAGGUACCCCCAGACCAGCCCCAGGGGAUAGGUUUCCCAAAUCCCCCGGUAGUCAAAGGAACAUGGACCCAUAUGCCCAACAACCCGGAACACCAAGACCGCUCCUCACUGACCCUUACGCACAAGCUCCAGGGACGUCGCGGCCAGAAGCAGGCCCUGAUGCCUUCAAUCGACUAUGCUCCAGACCGACACCCAUGUCCCAGGUCCCAGCUGACCCAUUCUCCCACCAGUCUCCGGGCAGGGUGCAGGAUGGGUUUGCCUGUCCAAGCGCCCAGGGCUCUCAGACAGCUAAGCACCCGGGAAUGUCGGACGAAAGUUUCUCUCUGCCGCAGUCGAAUCAUCACGGUGGUCAAACGCAGAUUCACGAUCCCUUUGAACUGGGUCCAAUGACACCUUAUGCCCAAACUUCGGAAAGGCAGGCCCAUGAUAUCCCUCAGUCUAGCAGCAACACCGUUGACACUCAGAACAGCAUGCUACCACACCUGGGAGACACUGAGGAGAAGCUCAGACAGCGCCAGAGACUGCGUCAGCAGAUCCUUAGGCAGCAGCAACAGAAGUCUGCCAUCCAGCAAGAGAAAGGACUACUACAGGAAACUGUUGCAGCCCCCAGCCCGGGGACACCCCGCCACUGGUCACAUGAAGAUUCCGCCCCACAGAACGACAUGUUCGGCAGACCACCACCACCUUACCCAGGACCCAUGAGAGGAGGUCAGAGGUUCCCUGGUACCUUUCUUGGGGACCAGCGAGGACACUUCCCCAAUGAGGGCCAGUUUGCCAGACCCCACUUCCCCAGGGACAUGGGCAACAUGGGCAUGAGGCCACAAGAAAUUAGGUUUGGAUUCCCUCCCAGCGCUCAAGGAUCCCUUCAACCAGGCCAGGAGCAACACUUCCUCAGGCCCCUUCACCAGAUGCCCGGCGGGCCCAUAGUCGACAAUGUUCCACCCCAGAUGAGAAUGUCCCACUCUGUGGACUUUUCCAGGGGAGUCAUGGGGGGCAACACCCAGAUGGGGCUCCCCCAGCCCUUCCCCCCACAGGGCCUUUCUGUCCAGCAGCACAACAUCAUGGGUCAGCCGUUCAUCGAGCUCCGCCACAGGGCCCCUCAGAACAGGAUGAGGAUACCCUUUGGGCAUGGACCUCCCAAUGUCAUGGACCCCUCCAACCAGCCCCAGAUACCGCCCCAGGGCUUCAUGGAAGGCCAGGAGAUGGGCUUCGCUGGGAACCAGGGAUCCAGAAUGAUGGACCCCAUGAUGGACAGACCUUCCCAGGGAUCGGUCGGUCACACACACACGUCGGCAAGUAUGGAGAACCUGCACCAGCAGCAGACUGAAGUCCCGAUGACCAUGGGGCAGCGACAGCAUCCUUCACUGAAUAGGUCACUCAGCCACCCUGUCACUGGUGAGCCACUCAAUGCAGCGCCAUCUAGUAUGCUCUUGCCUGGGUCUAGCACCGGUCAAACGGAGGAGACUCCGAUACCCAGUGGAGACGGAAUUGAGGAAAACAUGGACGCUGAAGACUCUGCAGUAAAGGACCUUGAAGAUGUGGAGGUCAAAGACCUGGUCGAUCUGAACCUGAACCUGGACCCGGAUGAUGGCAAAGACCUUGAACUGGGACCCAAUGACCUGCACCUCGACGACUUCCUCAUGUCAGGGAAGUUUGACCUCAUCGCCUACACGGACCCCGAACUCAACCUGGAUGACAAGAAAGACAUGUUCAGUGAGGAAGAUCUGGACCUGGGCGACCCAAUGGAGGACCACCAACAGGGCGAGACCUCAGACCUCCAGAAAGCCCUGUCGGAGAAGAGGAAAGGCAGCAUGGAUGGCGCAGCCACCUCGUCCCGAUCCGGGGGGAAAUCUGACAAACGGGAGGCCAUCGAAGCGAAAGAGACCUUGGACAUGUUUAAAACCGAGGAUACAAUCAAAACGGAGGUCAAAGAUGAACACGUGCAAAACCAGGACCAGUCUCUCUGCAGUGGCCCGAUGAAUGACAACAGAACCAUGACAAACCAAGAGGGCGCAGGGCUGUAUGAGCAGCCAGGACAGACUGACUCCAGCUCAACUCCGGUCCUCUCCUGCCUUCUGAUCAAAGAAAAACUUGAAAACACUGGGUUUGGCCCAAACUGCUCUCCUCACCAAGGGGACAUGGCUGCCCAGGCCACCGGGCUGCACGCAAGCACCAGCAUGCUGAUGCUACCAAGGCAACACGCCCAAGACAACAACAGGUUCAAUCCCAGCGUGGCUAUGGGACAUCGGGUGAGCCCCACGUUGGUUCAGAGCAGACAUUCAAUGGGAAAGCUCAUCUCAGGGGGCAACCACAGCUUCGGGGCCUCAGCCAACCAACAGGUGGAGAUGAACCUAGCCAUGGUUGUAGCCGGUCAGCAGCCCACUGCCCACGGCCUGAACCCCCAGGGCCAGCAAGGCAUGUUCCCCCAACAGCAGGGCCCCUCACUGGGGCAGGCCGGCCCACAGAACAGGCCUCUGCUGCUGGAAGAGCAGCCCCUCCUCCUACAGGACCUGCUGGACCAGGAGAGGCAGGAGCAGCAGCAACAGAGGCAAAUGCAGGCCAUGAUCCGACAGCGCUCCAGCGACUCCUUCUUCCCCAAUAUGGCAGACUUUGAUGCCAUCACGGACCCGAUCAUGAAGGCCAAGAUGGUAGCCCUGAAGGGAAUCAAUAAAGUCAUGGCUCAAAACAGCAUGGGAAUGCCCCCAAUAGUCAUUAACAGAAUUCAGCAGACGCCAGGAGCACAUGGACCAGAUGCUGCCGCUGCUCUGCCUCAACAUGUGCUUGGACAGGACGGGAAGUUGGCUCCACAGAUGGCGAGACCAAACCCCCCAAAUUUUGGACCUGGAUUUGUCAACGACAGCCAGAGGAAGCAGUAUGAGGAGUGGCUCCAGGAGACGCAGCAGCUGCUCCAGAUGCAGCAGAAGUUUCUAGAAGAUCAGAUUGGGGCCCACAGGAAGUCCAAGAAGGCCCUGUCGGCCAAACAGCGGACCGCCAAAAAGGCAGGCCGGGAGUUCCCUGAGGAGGACGUUGAGCAGCUGAAGCAUGUGACCGAGCAGCAGAGUGUGGUGCAGAAGCAGUUGGAGCAGAUUCGGAAACAGCAGAAAGACCAUGCAGAGCUGAUAGAGGAGUACCGUGUCAAGCAGCAGCAGCAACGGCCUAGUCUCCAGGCUCCUAUGAUGCCUGGGAUGCCUACUCAAGCUGCCCCUAUGAUGCCUGGAGCGCCCCCUAUGGGCCAGCCCAUGAUGGGGCCCAUGAUGCCAAUGCAGCCCCACCCCGGCCAACAUAACCCUGCCCGCAUUCCCAACAUGCCAGGUUGGCACCCAGGGGGAGCCCAAGGACUGAUGGGAGGCCCAGGUCCAAGAAUUCCAGCUCACAUGCCCCCACCGAUGCCCCUUGCCAGCCCUGCCCAGUUGCCCCAGUUACCACCGCCCCAGUUACCACCCCAGGCCCAACUACCACCUCAGCCCCCACCCUCAGUGGUGCCUGGCGCAAAAGCUACACCAACGGGAAACGGAACAGGUGCCCAGGGAGCCAGCGGUGGAAGUGGUGGCAACAGCCUCGCUGUGAAAUUUGACGACAACAACCCAUUCAGCGAGGGCUUCCAGGAGCGCGAGAGGCGGGACCGCCUGAGGGAGCAGCAGGAGAGACAGCGGGUCCAGCUGAUGCAGGAGGUGGAGAGGCACCGGGCCAUGCAGCAGCGGCUGGAGAUGGAGCAGCAAGGCCUGGGUCUGGGGCCUACUGGGCUCCCAUCUGGCCCUGGAGCUACAAACCCCGGAGGGGAUAGCCUGGCCCACAUGCCAUUCUACAGUACUGAUCUGCCCCAAGACUUCAUGCAACCCUCUAGGCCUCAACAACAGCAGGGGCAGCUAGGGCCCAUGUACCCCGAGCAGAGCAACAUGCAGCCAAGCUUCACCAGCACUGGCGGGCCACUCCCAGGUCAGGGCUUUAUGCCGGAUGGUGAGCGCAGGUCCAUGCCUGGGAACAGGGCAUUUGGUAGUCCCGAGAUGGGUCCCAAUUUCCGGUCCAAAAUCCCCAUGCUACAGGGGCUUAACUACCCCCCUGGACAGCCCCGUCCCACUGGGUUCAGAGGCCGUGGGAUGAUGCCUCAGGUUGGGGGCGAGGGACAUGGACCCCCGUUCGGAAUGGACUCAUCCACUCCCCUACCUCCCAACUACCCCGGCUCAGGCCAGUCCUUGAUCCAGCUCUAUUCCAACAUCAUCCCAGAGGAGAAGGCCAAGAAGAAGAGGAACAGGAAGAAGAAGAGAGACUCUGUCGACGAUGCAGACUCAGUCAAGACCCCAUCCACUCCCCACUCAGACCACUGCACCCCACUGACUCCCUCCCACGUGUCUGACACCUCAUCCACUCCCACCCGGAGCCUCAGCAUUCCUGGAGAGCAGGAUCUGUCCGAUCUUUUCCUCCCUGUGGGGUCCUCGGGUUUGGCCCCCUCCUCAGAACUGGAGAGGCAGCUCUCGGGCAGCAGCUUAGCCCAGGGUGGGCUCUCCAACAUGGGCUCAGAGAAUGACCGGGCCUCCCUGUUUGACGAAACCCUCCAAAUCAAGCUGGAGAGGAUAGAGACUGAGUGCAGAGGGGCUGCGGCAGCCAACGAAGGGUCUGCCUUGGGGCAUGGUCCCCGAGCCGGGGGGGUAGUGAAGGAGGAGGGAAGCGAGGGGGGGCUCUCUUCGCCCGUCCAUGGCGCCAAAGGGGGCGACGCAGGGAACGAGCUGCUUAAGCACCUGCUGAAGAACAAGAGUACGCCCCCGCCGUGUGCCAGCGCCAACCAGACCCCUCCCACACAGCAGAUGUCCUGCAACAGCCUUAGCUCAGAGCAGGAGGCCUCGGCAGCCCUCAAAGCCACCGCCAAGCCGGCCUCCACCACCAACAACAUGACUCCCCCGCACAGUCAGCUGACAGGAAGCACAGAGCUCCUAGAACCCUCGGUUCCGGCACAGGGCAAAAGGAAGCAGCAACGCAACAAACGGACGCCCAAAAACGGGGCGGAGAAACCGCCGUCACGCUACAAGAGGAGGAAGAAGGAGGAAGAGGAGAGGCAGAUCGGUUAUUCCAGUACUGACAGUCUGACCCAGCUCAAACAGCAGCUCUCUCUGCUGCCCCUGAUGGAGCCCCUAAUGGGGGUCAACUUUGCCCACUUCCCACCCUUCGGCAGCGGGCAGCUCAACGGGGAGAACAGGCUGUCGGGCUCCUUCGGCAGCGCCUCUCUGGACGGCGUGUCAGACUACUAUUCACAGCUCAUCUACAAGCAGAACAACUUGAGCAACCCACCUACCCCUCCAGCAUCACUCCCACCCACGCCGCCUCCCAUGGCGAGGCAGAAGAUGGUCAACGGGUUCGCCACGGCCGAUGACCUCGCCAGGAAAGCUGCUGUCUUGGGCGGCCAUGAUGUGAUCAAAGGCCUGGGAGCCAAGCAUCUGCCUACAGCGUUCCGGACAGAGGAAGACCUCAUGGCCCAUGCCAUCACCCAGGGGCCCAAGACAGUGGACGUUCCCGCCUCGCUCCCCACACCACCCCAUAACAACCAGGAGGAACUCAGGGGCCAGGACCACUGUGUAGACAGGGACACCCCCGACAGCUUUGUCCCCUCCUCAUCCCCCGAGAGUGUAGUUGGCAUGGAGAUCAGCCGCUACCCCGACCUGUCAAAGGUCAAGGAGGAGCCCACCUCGCCUUGCUCCUCUCCCGUCAUACCCAUGCUGCCUAGCGCCAGCGGGAAAGGAACUGAGAUAAAGCAAGAGGUCAAGACUGAACCCUCAAGCUCCUUCUUCGGGUCCCAGUUUGGACAGCCUCCAUCCUGCACCAAAGCUGGCCUGGUAUCCAUAGAAAUCACCUUGAAUCCGGUCUCAGCGGAGAACAUCCCUGGCGUUGUGGCUGCGGUGGCCGAGCUACUGUGUGUGACCGUCCCCAGCAGCUACGAGGUGACCCGCAGCCCAGAGCGCAGCUCCCUGGCCUUACUGGCUGGACUCAAGGUGCCUCAGACCCAGGGAAUGGACCCCCUUCACGUAUCCAUGUUUCCCCAGCACCAGCAGCCCCCCACCAUGAGGUCUCUGAGACCCCCCGGAUCACCCAAUCAGCCCAGAAUUAGCCAGCAGUUUCAGCCCAUUGGCCCGCCCACCAGCGCAGGUUCAGCUGCCAGGGGGGAGGGGCCUAAACCCCAGUGGUGCUGCCACUGCAAGGUGGUGGUUCUGGGAAACGGAGUGCGCAAGUCCACCAAAGACCUAGCCUGCAGCAAACGGGAGAGACCGAGCCUGGUCUUCUGCAGCCGCAACUGUUUUGUCCUCCACGCCGCAGCCACACAGUCCAAAGCCACAGACAGUAAGCCAAACAUCUCUCCUCUCUUGCCUGAGUCGUCGGUCAAAGAGAGCCCGUCUAAGGUGCUCCACAAGUAUAGCAACAACAUGUCCACACUGGACGUCCGCUGCCUGGCAAAGCUGCAGCCCAAAGAGUCUGCUCCCUCCAGCCCCCCUCCCAUCUCCUUCCCCACAGAGAAACCUAAGCCGGACACCCUCAAGGUGACGGUCAAGCUCAAGCCAAGGCCCCGAGCAGUCCACUCUGCCAGCGGGGGUGGUGAUGACAUGUCGCCCCGCCACCACAAGCGCUGGAAGGGCCUGCGCUGGCGCAAGUGGAGUGUACACGUCGUGUUUCCCACUAGAGGCAGCCUACUGUCCUCUCUGCCCGGUGAGGAUGAGGUGGAUGAGCUGCUGAGGAAGCUGGGUGCCUCUCUGCGUCCCGAUCCCCUCCCCCGGGACCUGCGGCGUUGCUGCUUUUGCCACGAGGAGGGCGAUGGCAUGACAGACGGACCCGCACGCCUCCUCAACCUGGACUUGGACCUGUGGGUACACCUGAACUGCGCCCUGUGGUCAUCUGAGGUGUAUGAGACGCAGGCGGGCGCCCUGAUCAACGUGGAGCUGGCCCUGCGGCGGGGCAUGGCGGUGCGCUGCACCUACUGCCAGCAGACAGGCGCCACCAGUGGCUGCCACCGGCUGCGCUGCGGCAACGCCUACCACUUCACGUGCGCGCUCAAGGCCCAGUGCACCUUCUUUAAGGACAAGACAAUGCUGUGUCAUCUGCACCGGCCCCGUGGCAUCGGCAGUGGCGGUGACAGGGCCGUGGCGCCCGCCACUCCCCACCACGACCAGGAGCUGCGAUGCUUCACAGUUUUCCGCCGCGUUUACGUGCAGCGCGACGAGGCGCGGCAGAUGGCCAGCAUCGUGCAGCGUGGCGAGCGCCGGCACACGUUCCGUGUGGGAAGCCUGGUGUUCCACACCGUGGGUCAGCUGCUGCCCCAGCAGAUGGCUGCCUUCCACUCAGCGAACGCCAUCUUCCCCGUGGGCUACCGGGCCAGCCGCAUCUACUGGAGCACACGCCAUGGCAACCACCGAUGCCGAUACCUGUGCUCGGUUGAGGAGAACGAGGGCCAGCCGGAGUUUGUGGUGCGGGUGAUAGAGCAAGGCUACGAUGACCUGGUGCUCACCGGCGCCUCACCCAAAGGUGUAUGGGACAAGAUUCUGGAGCCUGUGGCUGACCGGCGUAAUGAAUCAGGAACUCUAAAACUGUUCCCCGUCUACCUGAAGGGAGAGGACCUGUUUGGAUUCACCGUCACCGCCGUCACCAGGAUCGUAGAAUCGCUCCCUGGAGUGGAAGCCUGUGACAGAUAUACUUUCCGGUUCGGACGCAACCCUCUCAUGGAGCUCCCCUUGGCCAUAAACCCAAGUGGCAGUGCCCGCUCAGAACCCAAGGCCUGCAGCCAUGUCAAGAGGUUGGUGUUAAGACCUCACACUUUGUCCAGCACCGGCAUCGUCUCCUCUAAGUCCAUGCAGACGGUUGGCAGCGUGGGUGUGGUGGAAGCACCGGAAGAGGUGAUCCCCAAGCAGUUUGCAUCCGUCCCCUUCCAGUACCGACGCAUGAAAGCUGAGUGGAAGAGCAACGUGUACCUGGCGCGCUCCCGCAUUCAGGGGUUGGGUCUGUACGCCGCCAGGGACAUUGAGUCCCACACCAUGGUGAUUGAAUACAUUGGUACCCUCAUUCGCAACGAGGUCGCCAACCGAAUGGAGAAGAUGUACGAAUCCCAGAACCGUGGAGUCUACAUGUUCCGCCUGGACAGUGAGCAUGUUGUCGAUGCCACCAUCACUGGCGGACCAGCAAGAUACAUCAACCACUCCUGCGCCCCCAACUGCAUCGCCGAGGCCGUGAGCUUGGAGAGAGGCGACAAGAUCGUCAUCAGCUCUUGCCGCAAUAUCCAGAGAGGAGAAGAGCUGUGCUAUGACUACAAAUUUGACCUGGAGGACGACCAGCAUAAGAUCCCUUGUCACUGUGGUGCGGUUAAUUGCCGGAAAUGGAUGAACUAGAACAGGGACAGUUGGGGCAAAAUACAGGCUACAACACUUCCAAAUUAUGGCGUGCACACACACAUUCCUUAUCUUUUUCUAUGCUUGUUGGUUCAUCAGCCGAAAAACGUUGUAUUACUUAAACAAAGACAACUUAUCAGGGCAAGACACUGACCGCAGAACUGUUAGAGAAGACUAAAGAGGGAAGGAGCAUCGCAGGCACGAAGACAAUUCUUUUUAUGAGGCUGAGAACUGAGUCUUUCACUAUAUAUAGUAGUGGGUAAAUGGAUUAGGGGAGGGUGUUUUUUUUAACUAUAUAUAGUAGUGGGUAAAUGGAUUAGGGGAGGGUGUUUUUUUAACUAUAUAUAGUAGUGGGUAAAUGGAUUAGGGGAGGGUGUUUUUUUAACUAUAUAUAGUAGUGGGUAAAUGGAUUAGGGGAGGGUGUUUUUUUAACUAUAUAUAGUAGUGGGUAAAUGGAUUAGGGGAGGGUGUUUUUUAACUAUAUAUAGUAGUGGGUAAAUGGAUUAGGGGAGGGUGUUUUUUUAACUAUAUAUAGUAGUGGGUAAAUGGAUUAGGGGAGGGUGUUUUUUUAACUAUAUAUAGUAGUGGGUAAAUGGAUUAGGGGAGGGUGUUUUUUAACUAUAUAUAGUAGUGGGUAAAUGGAUUAGGGGAGGGUGUUUUUUAACUAUAUAUAGUAGUGGGUAAAUGGAUUAGGGGAGGGUGUUUUUUAACUAUAUAUAGUAGUGGGUAAAUGGAUUAGGGGAGGGUGUUUUUUAACUAUAUAUAGUAGUGGGUAAAUGGAUUAGGGGAGGGUGUUUUUUUAACUAUAUAUAGUAGUGGGUAAAUGGAUUAGGGGAGGGUGUUUUUUUAACUAUAUAUAGUAGUGGGUAAAUGGAUUAGGGGAGGGUGUUUUGGGGUAGAAUUCACCAGUUCACCAGGAGAGUUUUGUGCUGGCCACCGCCUUAUUUAGUUAUUGAGGCAGGUCCUCUGGAUUAUGAAAUAUAUAUAUAUACAGAAAUGUAGACACCACUGAACAAGGAAUGUACAGAGAAGACUUCCUUAGGGACAAAGCUAAGGGAUUAUUAACUUGCACUAAAACAAAUUUAGUCGAAAAUACUUGAUUCCAUGAGUCAGUUUUUUUCCUUUUAUGUAAAAUACGAGAAUUUUUGUAUUUAUUAUUGAAUCGCCGGCGAACUGCUGCCCAGGUUUUCAGUCUGAUCAGAACGUGUUACUUUAUACAAAGUGUAAAUAGUCAAUUAAGUAAACAAUUGACCAAAUGCUACCAUAACUACAUCAUGGCUGUAUACAUUUUUUUGGACAAAAGUAUUUAAGAAGGAUGUCAUAUCAUUCUAAGAGUUUGUGUUGUAUAAAACUGUACAGAAUGUGUAAAAAAAAAAAAAAUCUAGAGUAUUUUUGUUGUAUUUAGAAUUAAGUUGCGUUGUCAAAUUCUGACCACUUGAAGAAUAUGCGUUUCAUUUUCCUUAGGACAAUUUCUGUUUGCAUUGACACACGCAAUCAAAGAGAGCACCAAUCACAUUGAGACGACUGAAAUCCUAACCCUAGUUAAUCUAACUUGAAUGUAGAAUUAGAGAGAACUGUGAAUUUAAGGUUGGAAGCCACCCAUACCAUCAGUUAGCUUCUUUAACUGUAUGUGUACAGCAGUCACUCUGAGAUUCACCUCAUGCAGAUAAUGCUGUGCUUGGGGGAAAAAUGCCUUUUACUUGCCAGUUGCAGGAGACUCAAUUAUGCUUUUCACAUAAAAUAUUUUGUUUUUUGUUUACAUUUCUUAAACAUUCUGUUUAGUGCUGGCUAGUUGAGAAAAAAAUAUGUUACUGUAUGAUGUUUUUGAUUUCUUUACACUCAAUCACGAAAAUUGGAAUCUGGUACUAGCAUUUCGUUGACCAGUUUGAAAUGAAGUUUUCAUUUGUGUGCACAACUUAAGUGAACUGUACAAAAGUUGGUAUAUUCAGUCUCGUUGUAAUAAACAGUACAUGGCAUGAUGUCUUUUUAAACUUUCAGAAGAAUCAAUUGUAUAUAAUUUUCCAUAAUGGUUAAUGAAAUUUGUUUCUUGGAUAUUUUCUCCUCUUGUACAAUAUUCAGACCUCUUUAAUAGUGUCUCUUUUCUUUGUCCUGUAUAGUAAUGUCUAAAAAGCCUUUUUGAAGUAUACAGCGUGUGAUGGGGUUUGGAAUCAGAAUCAUUUACAAAAAAUAAAAUAUUUUACAUCUUA